AUGGAAGCUCUUAAACAAACCAUUUUAGACGCUCCAAAAUUUAAAAUUGAGGAUGAGAAGUCUUCUUGGUUUGGUUGUGAAACUUGUCACAUUUGGGAAAAAGAAGUAAUUACUCUAAAAGAAAAAUCGACCAAGGCUUUAGAACCAAAAGUUACCUUCGCUAUUGAUUCAACAAAAUUUAAUAAAUCUUUAAACGUACAAAAUAAAAAGUACAAAUUUGUUGUAAUGGAAUCAAAUAACAAAAGUCACUUUCAUCAUCACUUAACUUGUCACUAUUGUUACAAGAAAGGUCAUACCAUUGCUAAAUGCAAAUUUAGGAGAUACUUGGUUCCUAAUGGUGUUGAAUGUCUUGACUUCAUGAAGAGAAUGUUGUUUCUCGAUAGUGGAUGUUUAAGGCAUACGAAGGGUGACAUUUCCCUAUUCACUGACUCCGUGGAAAAGAAGAAGGGUUAUAUGACCUACGGAGACAACAAUAAGGGUGAUAUGCUUGGGAAAGGUAGUGUAGGUAAUCUCUCUUCUAUUAUUGUCUCUGAUGUUAUACUUAUUGAAGGUCUUAAACAUAAUCUACUUAGCAUUAGUCACUAUGUGACAAAGUCUAUUAAAAAACUUUCACAGAUAGUUAUUGAUUGA